CUAUCCGAUGCCUCUACCAUCCCCCUCUCCAGGCAGUAGUAGGGGAUCUCGAUCCCGCUCGCCUUCCGAAACGCCUUCAACUAAACGCCGGAGGAAAAGUUUAGGCACCAACAGUGAUGUUGCUGCUGCUGCUGCAGGGAAUACGUCCAGUCCUACCAAUCCAGCCCCGACCAGCUCAGGGGUCACUCACACUAUUGGAGCUGGUGGAGUAGUUUUAGAGACUCGCGAUAGUAUAAUGGAGGAUAGUCUGACGCCACAGAUCUUGCUGAGGAUGAACUCCCAGUUGAAGACACGGCUUAUCCAGCAUCGGCAAGACUAUAGUAAAUUAGAGAAGACUUCUAAACAGAUGGAAGAGGAAUUGGCCAAUGCAAGUGUGCUGAAGAAUGUGUGGCUACGAGUAGCUAAAGCAUUCGAUAUAGAGGCGGAUGAAGCUCAGCUGUUGGUGUCGAGCGACCUCAUUGACGAGGUUAUUGGGCAACUCCGAAGCCAAGCUGGAUCCUUUGCAGUAGUCAAAACGUCUCAGCUCGAGGCUAAGGCUGAUACCGAGAAGGAGAGAGCUGAUAAAUUAGAGAAUGAAUUGGAGGAUGUUCAAUGCGAGAAAAACUUACUUGUCAAGCAAGUGGUCCGUCUGAGGCAUCAGCUUAAUCCGGAUCGUUUUAAUGUAUUGAACCCUGAGGAAGGAUCGGCAGAGGAAGCUGCCGUACCGGCCUUGGCGAGGUCAGAGAGAGAACGUCGUGAGUUGAUGGAUGAAGUAGAUCGGCUGAGGACUCAGCUUACAAUGUUAUCUGCUCGUGAGUCGACUUCAUGCACGGCUCUGCAGGAGUCUCUCAGUGCGAUGAAACGUGACCGAGACGUGUGGCGAGAUAGAGCAGCCAAGCUUGAAACUGAUCAUAACUCUAAGAUCGAACUUCUCCAACAGAAAUUGAACGAAUCGCAGAGAAUCGGCAACUCCUGCUCGGAAACGAUGCGAGAAAGGCUCAUGCGUUCGGCCUCUGAGGUUGGUAGUUUGAGAGCGGAAGUGACGAAGCUGAAAGCAGAUUGUGAUGCCUCGGUUGCGGUGAAUAAGGCACGGGAGGAGCGGUAUAAAGUGAUGGAGGAGUUCUUCUCGACGUAUCAAACAGACUUGGAUGCGCGGCAAGAGGAAUGUCGUAAUCUUCACGAUGCGGAGAAAGAGGCGACUGCCAAGAUGCUGAAGAUGGAAGAGGAGCGACGAGAGGAUGUUCGAAAGGCUGAGCGUUUGGAGGAGGAACGGGCUGUUCUUAAAGAGCAGAAGCAGUGUAGAUGUCUGGCAUCUAAUGAGUCUCUCAAAAGCGUGUGUCACAAGAUGGCGAGUUCAUUGGUGAAGACGCAGGUCGAUCUUGAAUAUAAGUCGGCAGAGUUGGCCAGAAUACAACAGUUGUUGGAUGCCGAACAGAGGCAUAGCACUAAACUGAAGGAGAGAAUGGCGUCUCUACGGAAGCAGGUUGAUACCGUUGUUUCUGGUGUUGAUGAUCACAAGUCGGAGUUUUCUCGGUUGUCUCAAGCGGCUAAGGUACAAGAGCUUCAGAAUGCUCGAGUGGUGGAUAACUACUGGGAUGCUCUUCGACAGAAGAAUGAGAGUCUUGGGAUCAUUCAGCGACUGACCGAGGAGAGGGACGCUCUGCAGAAGCAUGUGCAAGCGUUGGAGUCGGCGCAUAGGCAGGCUAAUGGAGCCUCGAUGCAGGAGAAUCAGCUUGCACAGCAGAGCAAUAAUAAUAGUCUUGCGGCUAUGGGCCAGUGUAGGAUGCAACUUGAGACGAUAGUAGCGGAGCAGAAGGAGAAGAUGGAGUCGUUCAAGAGCACCAUAACAAUGCUCAAAGGUGUGGCUGAUAAAUGUCAAGCUGAUUGCAGGGAGAAGAACAAGAGGAUUCUGGAGGUGGAGAAAACUAAUAUUCGACUAACUCGCCAACUUGAGAAAGCACGAUCGUCGGGCAGCGGACACGUAGUGAGUGGAGUGGAAGGGUCUGGUCAAUCACCAUCGCCAGGGGCAGUAGUGGAUGAUAAGGCUCAGGCAAUGUCUAUCAUAGAGCAGGAGGAGGUUCGAGCUUACCGAUUGAAAGUGAAGUGCUCGAUCUGCCAGCAGAAUGAUAAGCAGGUUGCACUGCAAAAGUGCAUGCAUUGUUUCUGUCGAACUUGUGUUAACGAGACCAUGAUACAAGCACGGAAUAGGAAGUGUCCUCUGUGCGGUCAGAGAUUCUCCGAGUCUGAUGUUCGAACGAUACAUUUAUUGGAAGUCGGUGAGUGAUGAUGAUGAUGAUGAAAGUGAUAGUGUCGAGAAUUUACGAUUC